AUGCAAUUCAGCAAAGCUACCUUCCUCCUCGCAGCUCUCCCCUUCACUUUUGCUGCAUACGGCGCCGGCGGUGCUAGCUCUUCCUCUAGCGCUGCUACUCCAUCUACCACAACCAGCACUUCCCCCUCCGACCCAACACACACCAUUCGCGUUGGUGCUGGUGGCCAACUCACUUUCUCUCCCAAUGAAACAAAAGCCGACGUAAACACAACCCUCGAAUUCCACUUCUAUCCCGCAACCCACUCCGUCGCCCAAGCCAUAUUUGGCUCGCCUUGUAACGGUUCCGGAUUCUUUUCUGGGCCCCUUACCACCACCAGCAACGAAGGGAACCCUUCCGUCUUUAGUGUAUUGGUCAAUGAUACAAAGCCAAUUUGGUUCUAUUGCGGAAAGCCAGGACAUUGCGAGAGUGGAAUGGUUGGGGCCGUUAACGUGCCAACCGACAACACCAAAACCCUAGCCCAGUUCGCGGCGGCAGCAAAGAAACUUAGCACAGAUGCGACCAAGAACCCGGCAGGACUUGUAGGCGGUACGCUUGCACCCGUCAAGGCUGGAAGCUCGAAUUCGGGCUCGAGCUCGAGUAGCAGUGCUACGACUUCGCCGACAGCGGCGAGUGCGAGUGCGAGUCCUUCUAGUGCGGUGGGUAUUGUGGGGGUGGGCUGGAUCACGUUUGCGGGUGCGGUGGGCGUUGCGGGGCUUUUGAUGAUUGAUGCGGAGGAGAGAAGGAGGAAGAAGAAGAAGAAGAAGAAGAAGAAGAGAGAGAAACAAGCGUGA